CUCCAAGUUGAAUGUUUAUCGAAGUUUGGUGCUACCUAAAAUGAAUCAGAGAAAUGGAUAAACUUAUGAAGAAAAUUAGUUCCGUAACAAUAAAUGACGACGAUGGCGAUAUUAAAGAGUCGGACGAAUUCGAUGUGGACAAACUUAUAAUUCAAUUAUUGGAAUUUAACCCCAAAAAGAAAAAGUCAAAAAACUUGGACUUGCCCGAGAAAGCGAUUAUAACAUUGUGCUUGAAAGCCAGACAGAUUUUUUUGCAACAACCAAUUCUACUUGAACUUGAGGCACCUCUAAACAUCUGUGGAGACAUCCACGGUCAAUACUUUGAUUUGUUAGGGAUCUUUGAAAAGGGAAAUUAUCCUCCAGAUUCAAAUUACUUGUUCCUUGGCGAUUAUGUGGAUAGAGGUCAACAUUCUUUGGAAACGAUUUGUCUUUUGCUCGCAUACAAAAUUAAAUACCCCAACAAUUUCUUCCUUCUCAGAGGAAAUCAUGAAACGGAAUUAGUUUGUAAAUAUCAUGGAUUCUUUCACGAAUGUGUUAUUAGGUACGAUAAAAUGGGACACAAAUUGUUCAAGACUUUUAACGAUGUAUUCGAAAGUUUGCCCGUUGCUGCUGUUAUUGACGAUAAAAUCUUUUGUUGUCAUGGCGGUUUAAGUCCUAAGCUUAUAGAUGUUGAAGACUUUAAAAAAGAGAUUAAAAAUUUAAAAAGAAGUGGGGAGAAUAAUGAAGAAGGUUUGAUGUGCGAUAUUUUAUGGUCUGAUCCAUCAAAACAAGUGAAAACUUGGGGUCCUAGCGAUCGAGGAGUGUCUUACUUAUUUGGUUUAGAAAUACUGAACAAAUUCCUGAAGCAACAAAAUUUGGAUCUAGUUGUUCGGGCACAUGAAGUAGUGGAAGAUGGUUAUGAAUUUUUUGGUAAUCGCAAACUGGUAACAAUUUUCUCAGCGCCGAAUUAUUGCGGUGAAUUCGACAAUGCUGGAGCGUUCUUAACAAUCGAUGAGGAACUCAAAUGUAAAUUUAAGAUUUUAAAGAAGUCUAAAUACAAAAAAUAACUGUGUUGUAAACCUAGAUAAAUAAAGAGAAUUUACAAAU